CCUUGGUCACAACCACGCAUUUACUCUCGGCUCUAGCAGUAUUCAUCGAUUGUUUGUAGGUAUUUGGAGGCUGGCCUCGUCCCUAUUAGCAGAUGAUUUGUACAGAUAAGCCUACAAAGAUCGCCUGUGCUCUAAAUUGCUACGAACUACUUCUCGGGGAGCACUCACUGUGCAGUUAAGUGCCGCGCAGGCUGCAGAAUGGCGACAGCGGCGCUCGCAACAAACAACUUUUUUAAAGAUCACCAGCCGCUGGUGUGGAGAUCUACGAAGUAGACUUGUUUUACUGCUUUGUCAGGCUUUGGCUGUUGUUUGUUUUCGCUGCCUAGACACAUGGGGCUGCGGUGCAAAAAGUGGACGCUGGCCAGGACGUUUCAUGGCGAACCGAAACUGUCGGACUUUCAACUCGUGGAAGAGGAAAUUUCCGCAGAGCUGCAGCCCGGAGAGGUUCUGGUGGAAGCGCUGUACCUUACAGUGGACCCUUACAUGAGGGUUAGGUCUUACAAAGUCGGAGACACUUUGAUCGGCGAACAAGUUGGAAGAAUAAAACUGAGCAAGAACCUCGACUACCCGGAAGGUAGCCUAGUCCUGGCCUACACAGGGUGGCGAACACACACAGUGGUGUCCAACCCCAAGAAAAAAGCCCCUUUCGGAACUCUGAUCAAGCCUCUUCCAGAUCUUGGUGAUCUGCCACUCUCGUUAGCCCUCGGCUGCUUGGGAAUGCCUGGGUUGACAGCCUACUUCGGAGUGCUGGACAAAGGUCAGGUGAAGUGCGGGGAGACGGUGCUGGUGAACGCAGCAGCAGGAGCUGUGGGCAGUGUGGCGGGACAGAUCGUGAAGAUCAAAGGAUGCAAAGUGAUUGGCUCGACUGGAACUGACACUAAAUGCGACUGGUUGAGAGAGAUUGGCUUUGAUCACGUGUUCAACUAUAAGACGAAAAGAGUCGAUGAUGCACUAAAGGAAUUUGCACCACAGGGAGUGGACGUAUAUUUUGAUAACGUUGGAGGAGAUUUCUCCUCAGAUGUCAUGAGAAACCACAUGAAAGCAGGUGGAAGAGUUGUCGAGGUCGGAUCAAUCUCAGAAUAUAAUGACACGGAAAGCAAAGAGCGCAGCAUCUCGAAGUUCGUUGCUGACAAACACCUUAGUAUUCGGGGAAUGAGUGUCAGCAGGUAUGUGGACCGGUACCCGCAAGCUCUGGCUGAACUGCUGAAGUGGAUCAGAGAGGGCAAGCUCAAGUAUAAAGAAACUAUCACUGAGGGGUUCGAACACAUGCCCAACGCCUUCAUCUCGCUGUUCCGAGGCGGAAAUAUCGGCAAGGCUGUGGUCAGAGUUUGAGAACACAGGAGCUGGCUGCUGUCCUCGUGAUGCUGACUGCACGGGUCGUGAAUGUCUGAAUGCGCACGUGUGAAUGUAGGGCUCGUGAGUGAUUUGUGUUUGUGUGUGUGCACGGAGUUACAUAUAUAAAACUCCGUGUUGUGUGUGUGUAGGUACGCGCGAGAACAUUCGCUACAUACCACAAACAUUGAGACAAUGUGGGACACUGAUGUCUAAAAACUGCGGAGAUACUGGUUGAAGGGUUAGAUCGCAGGCUCAGAAAUGUACAGUAUAUUAAAUGUAUUUAAGUGUCUAUCUACUGAUGUAACAUUAAAGCGUGCUGCGUU